GUGACUUGCUUACCUCCUCUUAUUGUUGUUGCUCAUUAUUUUCUCUCUCAUUGAAUAGUUAGUUGUUGCUCUUUCCUAAAAAUUUGUUGGGGUUUAACAAAGUCAUUUGGAAAAUUACAUCUUUCUUUAUACUUCCUUCUUUAAACCCAUUUUUUUUUUCUUCGUCCAUUGAAUCUUUCAACCUUAUUCACUUCCCUUUUUCUGAGAUUUUGGAGCCCUGUAUUAAUAUACGCCAUAUUUCAACACCUCAACCACCCCCUUCUUAUUUUUCCACACUUGCUUCCUCCUGAAAAAAAAGUUUCAUAAACAAACGAAGAUUGUUUGAACAAUCUUUGGUUCACAACCUCUCCUUCCAUAUAUCCAUCUUUUAAUCAAUCAAUAAUCUUAAUGCGAAGAAGAGAAAAUCAGUGAGAAAAAAAAAACAAUUAAGAAUGAUGGAUUAUACAAAUAUGUUAUGUCCGGUGAAAUAUACCGAGCAUCGUAGAGUAACUAAAAAGCACAACUCUGUCAAAGCAUUGAAAAAAUCAUCAUCAUGUACUAAACCACCGAGAGUGGUCCGUGUCUCGGUGGUGGACAACGAUGCUACUGACUCAUCGAGUGAUGAAGAGUCAGAGCUUUUUGGCCGCCAUCGAGUGCGGAGGUAUUUGAACGAGAUAGUCAUCGAACCGGCUUUAUCAGCUACUGCUGCAACACCACCUCCAACACUCGCACAAGCUGUUGUGACCCCUUCUUGUAAUGCUAAGAAGGGCGGUUCAAAAAAGAAGUCGACAAAUACAGGAACUGCAACACAAGGAGCCACACUGACCACCACAGGUGGAGUCAGGAAGUUUAGAGGAGUUCGUCAACGGCCGUGGGGAAAAUGGGCGGCUGAGAUUCGAGACCCUGCGAGACGAGUACGUCUCUGGCUUGGUACUUACGACACCGCUGAAGAAGCUGCAAUGGUUUACGACAACGCCGCUAUUAAACUCCGUGGUCCUGAUGCGCUUACCAACUUCGCCACUCCUCCACCGCGUGAACCACCUCCUCCGGUGGUUGUUGAACCACACGCACCAUCAACCUCUGGUGGUUAUGAAUCUGGUGACGAGUCCGUUUCUCACAACAUCCUCUGCUCUCCUACCUCUGUUCUCCACUUUCGUGGUGGUUCGACAGACGAGGAUACAUUCCGGUUCAAACAAGAUGACAAUGAAAGCCUUCCUCCUCCGAUUCAAGAAUCUAGCUUGAGUGUGAGCAAUAGUAUUAUCAGUAAUAGCAGUAGUAGUUCUGGUUUGGAAGAAUGUCAAGGUGAAUCUUCGUCAACAAUUGGUGAUUUCCUAGAUACGCCGUUUUUGAAUGAUUUCUUUAACUUUGAGUCACCUGAGCCGAUGAUCUUUGAAGAUUCUAAACCAAUGGAAAAUCUGUUUACAAUCUACGAUGAAAAUGAUCAACUUCUUCAACAUCAGUUUGAUGAUUUUGGAGAUAUGUUCGUUGAUUCGUUUAUCGAUGAUUUAGAUUUUAAUACGAUGGAUAAUAGUAACAACAAUUAUUCAUCGUCAAAUUUGUUACAAGUAGAUGAUUAUUUUCAAGAUAUCAACGAUAUUUUUGCAUCUGAUCCUCUUGUAGCGUUGUAGUUCAAAAAGAACAACAAAAAAAUCGAAAAAGAUAGAAUGAGGACAGAGAUUGAGAAAACUCAUCUUUUUCCGACCGAUUAAUCAAUCGGCAAGUUUUGUACCGGCGGCAAGUAAUAGUAGUAGUUUUUAUUUUAUUAUUAUUUUAUAUAUAAUAUAUAUAUAAAUUUUUGUUAAGUGGUUGAUUAGUAAGUAGUAGUAAUAUUCUCUGUUGGAAAAUAUAGCGGGGAAUUUGAGUGUUAGAGGAAUAAUAAUAAGUUAUGGAGUAAUUAUUUAGGCUUUUGAUUUUUUUUUUUUUGAUGAUGAGUUGUACACAAUAAUUCAAUUUUGGUUGAAAAAAAGGAAUUGCCGAUUUCAAUUUGUUUCCUAUUAUUCA